CAGACUAGUCCUAUUUCACCUAAGAUCUGGGAACUACAAAUCUGGUCCAGUGCAUUCUAUAUGAUCUGAAAUAACUUGGAAGAUGCUCUGUGAAUGAAGUGAACAUCUAUAUGAGAAGACUUAGUACUUCUUGUACAGUCUAAAUAUUUGAGCAGAUACUAAGUUAAACAUUAAUAAAAAUGAAUAUGGCCAAUAAGUAUUUGCUUCUGAUAUUCAUAUUGAUAUCUUACAACAGUGUACUUGAAGCACUGAGACCAAAAAUAAAGCGACAAAGACAACCAAAUAGAUAUUCAGUAGAUAAACUCAGACACUUUUAUUGCUUGCUGGAACGUCUAAAUGAACCAGUUUCUGUACGGAAGGGAAUUAACAGGACUAUAGUAUACAAAGUUCCAAUGGAGUAUUUGACAGAUCGAUUUCAAGGUUUGGAACUAAUUGAUAGGUCUGAUUUAACUGUUGGUGUGGAAGAAGUUGAUAUUAAACCAAUAACCUUGCCGGAUAUAAGUACUGCCAUGGAUCUUGAUUGGAAAGCAACUUUCUCUAUUUUUUUACCAAAGCACCAAAAAUGUGCGACACAGCUUAUGGAAAUUUUCUUAGGACUAGAGACAAUUGACGAUUUCACAUCAGCUUCUGUUUACUGCAGAGAGAGAAUCAACCCUAAUCUCUAUGUGUAUGCAGUAGCAGUAGCUUUGUUUCACAGACCAGAUACACAAAACUGGCCUCCUCCAUCCAUAGCAGAGAUAUUUCCUGACAAAUUCCUAGAGAGAGGAACUUUUUUAAAAGCUAGACAAGAAGCAAAUAUUGCACCAGCAGAAUCAAGAGUUCCUAUUGAAAUUCCUAUGGAUUACACUGCUUCUAACCUUGAGCCUGAGCAUCAUGUGGCUUAUUUCCGUGAAGACGUUGGAGUUGGACUGGUUUAUUGGUACUGGCAUAUGACAUACCCACAAAGAGGACCUCCUGAGGUUUUAAGGAAAGAUCGUUCUGGGGAAUUAUUCUAUUACUUCCAUCAACAAAUCAUUGCCAGAUAUGAUUUUGAACGACUGAGCAACAACAUGGGAAGAGUAGAAAGACUACUUCACUGGGAUAAACCUAUUGAAGAAGCUUAUUUUCCUAAACUUGAUAACAUACUUGCGAGUAGAGUCUGGCCUUCACGUCUGAAAAAUGCUAAACUCCAAGAUAUCAAUCGAGAAACGGAUGGACUCAUGAUUGACGUUCAAGACUUGCAACGAUAUCAAGAAAGAAUCUAUGAAGCUAUUCAUCAGCGGGCAGCUGUAAAUGAGAAUGGAGAAUUAGUGCCCUUAACAGAAAGUAAUGGCAUUGAAAUUUUAAGCCAUCUGGUUCAGUCUACUGGUCUGUCUAUCAACGAGCCUUAUUAUGGUGCUCUGAAUAACGAUGGGCAUACUGUAAUUGCCUUUAUCCAUGACCCUGAUGGAAGACAUUUGGAACAAUCGGGCGUAAUGGGAGGCAUUGCAACGUCAGUGAGAGAUCCCGUCUUCUACAGAUGGCACAAAUAUAUCGAUGAUAUCUUCCAAGAGUACAAAAACUUGUUACCCAGGUACACUGUACAACAGCUAGAUUUUCCAGGAAUCACGGUGACUUCUGUGGAAGUAGUUUCAGAAAACGCGCCAAGGAAUGAGUUCGCCACAUUUAGGCAGAAGAGUGAUAUUGACCUGUAUAGAGGACUUGACUUCACACCCCGUGGACCAGUGCUUGCUCGUGUUACUCAUCUGCAACAUUCUCCUUUUUCGUAUCUGAUACAGGUGGAAAAUGCAGGACCUCCGGUAAGAGGCACCGUGAGAAUAUUUUUGGCACCUAAGUAUGAUGAAGGAGGUCUGCCUAUGUUGUUCCGAGAGCAAAAACUUCAAUUCAUUGAAAUGGAUCGUUUCAGUGUUGACCUGCUUCCUGGUACCAAUAGAUUUGAGCGGCCGUCUGUACAAUCAACUGUGACAGUGCCUAUUGAGCGCACUUUUAUUAAUUUGAACAGCUCCGAUCCCACGAAUUCAGAUGGUUUCGUCUACUGUGGAUGUGGAUGGCCACAUCACAUGCUUGUUCCGAAGGGAAAGCCCGAGGGACUUGUAGCCGAACUAUUCGUAAUGGUGUCUGACUACGCUAAAGAUCACGUGGAGCAGCCGCCGCCCUCCGGCUGCCGGCAGCCCGAGGUGUACUGCGGGUGGCGGGGCCGCCGCUACCCAGACACGCGCUCCAUGGGCUUCCCUUUCGACCGCAUGCCUCGGCCCGGCGUUGACACCUUACAGCAGUUCCUCACUCCAAAUAUGAGAGUGCAGGAGGUUAAGAUAAGGUUUACCGAGAAGAUACUCCCCCCGCAAUCUGCCCCGUUUAGAGUUGAUUCCACCUGAUUCGGAACCUUGUGUUCGCCAAAUAACUCCUUAGUUACAUGCACAUAUAAUUGUAAAACUUCGAUAUGAACUAAUAAAAAUAAAAUUACACGUAAUAUCAUUUAGUUUCGGUAGCAUUACAAACGUGAAUUGUUAUUAAUUUUUUAACCUAUGUAAUAGUGUGCUGUGUUAUAAGAAUGAGCUACUACCAUAAGUAAUUAAUUAAGGUCCUGAUCCGUUAAGCCGUGCCCUACCAUAUGAAUGUUUAUGUGCUUGUGUACAAUAGGAAAUGCGAUAUGCCCACGAAUAACGAAGUAGUCACAGACAAACACGAUUACCUAAUAUAAAUACAACGGUAAUGACUGUGCAUAUCGGGGUAUUCUAACACCCAACAUUAAGGUCUCGGUGAGCACUAAUCAAAAUCUAGUCCAAAAGUUACAUAGUGUGUAUACUUCCAAUUGUAGCCAAAAACAGUGCAAUGAGGCAGUUCCCUCCUAUUUUUAAUCACUGGAUUCUCGAGAAGAAUAGUUAGACAACUGUUUCAUUAAAGCAAUGAAAUGGUGACAUUAUUUGUUAUUUUUUAUGUUCCACACAAAAUCUCACUUUUUUAUUUGA